AUGGACAUACAUGGUCGAGUGAUGUUCANCGCAGUAUCUGGAGGCGUCGUCAAGCUGUGGAGCAAGAAACAGGAGCAGGUCAUACAAGUCGGGAAAAUUGAUAAGAUGAGGAUGUGUCCUGAUGAUAAUACGUUGUUUGCUACAGGAGGCGAAGAAAACGACCUCAAAGUGUACCGCCUAGGUGAGGCUGAGCCCACAUUCUGCGCCAAGAACUUACCACAUGACUGGUUACAACUCCGGAGGCCUGUGUGGGUGUCAGACCUGACAUUCCUGCCCAAUGAGGGCGGAAACUUGCUUGCUGUGUGCUCCAGGCAUGGAUACGUCAGAGUACUUACCUUAUUCGCCAAGAACCUUCCUCACGGCUGGCAUGGAUACGUCAGGUUAUACGACACUCGCGCGCAACGAAGGCCGGUGUGUAACGUUGAGUUCACGAUGGCUGCUACUUGCAUGGCGCCCAGUUUUGACGAAAGACAAGUCCUAGUGGGCUUCGGUCGCGGUCAACUGCACCAAGUGGACCUACGGAAGGGCAAACCCGAUAAAGGUUUUAAAGGAAGCGCGGGCGCCAUCACCGAUAUAACCACAGUAGCUGAAGGAAGACUAAUUGUUAGUACCAGUCUGGACAGGCAGCUUAGACUGCAUCAGUAUGAGAGCAAGGAAUUAGUGUAUAAGCAAUACCUAACCUCCAAGCUGACCUGCGUCCUGGCUCAGACUGAGACCACCACACCGCUCCGCUCCGUCAGAAGCGGAGCGGAGACCGCUGAAGCGGAGGCGGUCGCGGUGGCGGUGGAAGACGAUAUGGACGAGUUAUUUGACAAUAUGGAGACCGUCAGUGAGAAGCCCCGCAAGACAUCAGAACCUGAACCCGAAGCGAAGCGAGCGAAGCCUUCAGAAGACGACGACGCCAUAUUCCAACUCCUGCGCAGCACGGAGAAGCAGAAGCGGAAGCGGGAUAAGAAGAAGAAAGAGAAGAAAGCUAAAAGCGUGUUCCAUAAUGCGUAGAAUAAAUCGAUAUAAAGUA